AUGUAUCAAAUGGACGAACACCUUAAGCGGCUGGAAAAAGAAACUAAAAAGCUGGAAGAUAUAAGCAAACUACUCCAGGAUAAUAUAAAACAAAAUAAAAGAAAACCAGACGCCAUCCUAGAAGAUCAAAGAGGGCAGAAGAUUCUUUGUCACGUCGAGGAAAACGCAAGGAAGCUCGAAGAAAUUAAAGAAAAGAUGGGAGAACAAGAGCUAAAAGAAAUUAAAAUGCUCCUAGAAACCCAAAUUGAGAAAACUGAUGAAAGAGACCGAAAUAUCGAGGAAAGAAUCGAGCGGACGUAUGCUAACGUCGUGGCAUCAAACAGCAACACAGUGCAAAGGCAACAACCAUUCACCACCAGCGAAAUAAAGGCAGCGGUUACCUCGGCAGUAAAAAGACUCUACGAACUAGUCAAAGAGGCCGAUUCGCAAACAAAGGAAGGAAAGGAUAAGAGGAAGGAAAAGGAAAGGGGGAGCGAGGAGGUGCUAGAAAAGGAGAAAGACAAAAACAAAACAUACAACAUAGACACCACACCGCAAGCCAAAAUGUAUCAAAUGGACGAACACCUUAAGCGGCUGGAAAAAGAAACUAAAAAGCUGGAAGAUGUAAGCAAACUACUCCAGGAUAAUAUAAAACAAAAUAAAAGAAAACCAGACGCCAUCCUAGAAGAUCAAAGAGGGCAGAAGAUUCUUUGUCACGUCGAGGAAAACGCAAGGAAGCUCGAAGAAAUUAAAGAAAAGAUGGGAGAACAAGAGCUAAAAGAAAUUAAAAUGCUCCUAGAAACCCAAAUUGAGAAAACUGAUGAAAGAGACCGAAAUAUCGAGGAAAGAAUCGAGCGGACGUAUGCUAACGUCGUGGCAUCAAACAGCAACACAGUGCAAAGGCAACAACCAUUCACCACCAGCGAAAUAAAGGCAGCGGUUACCUCGGCAGUAAAAAGACUCUACGAACUAGUCAAAGAGGCCGAUUCGCAAACAAAGGAAGGAAAGGAUAAGAGGAAGGAAAAGGAAAGGGGGAGCGAGGAGGCGCUAGAAAAGGUGAAAGACAAAAACAAAACAUACAACAUAGACACCACACCGCAAGCCAAAAUGUAUCAAAUGGACGAACACCUUAAGCGGCUGGAAAAAGAAACUAAAAAGCUGGAAGAUAUAAGCAAACUACUCCAGGAUAAUAUAAAACAAAAUAAAAGAAAACCAGACGCCAUCCUAGAAGAUCAAAGAGGGCAGAAGAUUCUUUGUCACGUCGAGGAAAACGCAAGGAAGCUCGAAGAAAUUAAAGAAAAGAUGGGAGAACAAGAGUUAAAAGAAAUUAAAAUGCUCCUAGAAACCCAAAUUGAGAAAACUGAUGAAAGAGACCGAAAUAUCGAGGAAAGAAUCGAGCGGACGUAUGCUAACGUCGUGGCAUCAAACAGCAACACAGUGCAAAGGCAACAACCAUUCACCACCAGCGAAAUAAAGGCAGCGGUUACCUCGGCAGUAAAAAGACUCUACGAACUAGUCAAAGAGGCCGAUUCGCAAACAAAGGAAGGAAAGGAUAAGAGGAAGGAAAAGGAAAGGGGGAGCGAGGAGGCGCUAGAAAAGGUGAAAGACAAAAACAAAACAUACAACAUAGACACCACACCGCAAGCCAAAAUGUAUCAAAUGGACGAACACCUUAAGCGGCUGGAAAAAGAAACUAAAAAGCUGGAAGAUAUAAGCAAACUACUCCAGGAUAAUAUAAAACAAAAUAAAAGAAAACCAGACGCCAUCCUAGAAGAUCAAAGAGGGCAGAAGAUUCUUUGUCACGUCGAGGAAAACGCAAGGAAGCUCGAAGAAAUUAAAGAAAAGAUGGGAGAACAAGAGUUAAAAGAAAUUAAAAUGCUCCUAGAAACCCAAAUUGAGAAAACUGAUGAAAGAGACCGAAAUAUCGAGGAAAGAAUCGAGCGGACGUAUGCUAACGUCGUGGCAUCAAACAGCAACACAGUGCAAAGGCAACAACCAUUCACCACCAGCGAAAUAAAGGCAGCGGUUACCUCGGCAGUAAAAAGACUCUACGAACUAGUCAAAGAGGCCGAUUCGCAAACAAAGGAAGGAAAGGAUAAGAGGAAGGAAAAGGAAAGGGGGAGCGAGGAGGUGCUAGAAAAGGAGAAAGACAAAAACAAAACAUACAACAUAGACACCACACCGCAAGCCAAAAUGUAUCAAAUGGACGAACACCUUAAGCGGCUGGAAAAAGAAACUAAAAAGCUGGAAGAUGUAAGCAAACUACUCCAGGAUAAUAUAAAACAAAAUAAAAGAAAACCAGACGCCAUCCUAGAAGAUCAAAGAGGGCAGAAGAUUCUUUGUCACGUCGAGGAAAACGCAAGGAAGCUCGAAGAAAUUAAAGAAAAGAUGGGAGAACAAGAGCUAAAAGAAAUUAAAAUGCUCCUAGAAACCCAAAUUGAGAAAACUGAUGAAAGAGACCGAAAUAUCGAGGAAAGAAUCGAGCGGACUGGAAACCCUAAAAUAUAA